UAACAUGAUAGGUACGAGUAGGAUAUAAUUCACUUUUCAGAGGACUGUAAAAUCAAUGACAAGAAGAGCUACGUAUUGCUAUUAAAAAUGAUGUAUACACGGUUUAUCACCAUAGUUAAAGGGCCUGAUGAUCGGGCAUAAAUAUAUCUGUUCGCUCUUUAUUAAACACUUGUGCAAUCGUUUCGAACAGGACAGUAUUGAUUCAAUGGAUCUAAAGUGAGUUUAAUAAUUACCUACACUUAUUACUGUGUGACUUCACCUUAUGUAACAUCAAGUAUGUAUUGAAACAACGCCAGACGCCUUGUAGAUCAUAUAUUUAUAGCUACGCUUCGCUGGGAAAAACAUGAACAAAUUAGUUUAAACUUGUGUUUUUAAAAUGGAGCUUUACCGAAAGUUUCCUAAGUUUUGCGCUGGAUGGUGUUUCCUGGAAAUAUUCAUCUUUGCUGGACAACUUUUCGGAUGGACAUCAAUUCAAUACGUGUUAAAGAAAGAAGGUUUUUAUAGCGAUUUGUGCAAGUUUGACAAUGGUGCAUACAAGAAAUGUGUUUCUGAAUUUAUCAAUCCAGACGAUGUUUCCAGCGCACAAAUUGAAAUAUUUGUAACAAAGGGCUGUGAUUCACGUUACUUAAUUUCUCGAAGAAAUAAAACAGAUUUAAAUACAGAUAGUGCAGGUGACUUUAAUUUCAUUAGCCAGUCAGUGAUGAAUCAGACCAAAGGGCAGUAUGCCUUUGAGCUAUCAACAAAUGGAAAUGACUAUGCUAGCCAAUCAGGCGAAGAUAACAGCGAUGUCGUCAUCCAAAGUGACCAAUGGGAGACCGGUGAAGGGGACAGACCAACUUGUUAUGAUCAGGAUGCAAGACUUAAUUUAUGGUUUUCGGUGGCCAUAUGUAUUUCCUACGUAGCAUGUUCUGUGAUGGGUCCUGUCCUAAACAGAAUUGGCAUGCGACUGUUUCGCUUGGUGUUAAUAUGCAUGUAUAUCGUUGGUGUCCUGUGUAUUGGAUUCGCUCCAAAGGAAAUUCCCUGGUUGAUCGCACCGGGGCUGUGCUGCAUGGGAGUCGCAGGAAUGGGUCUCUAUGCUACUAACAUACAUAUAUCGUAUUUGUUUCCUGCCGUCCAGUCCACCAUAACUUCCGUGUUUGUCGGUUUAUAUGAUGUUUCCACCGUAUUUUCUUUUUUAUUAAAGGUAUGUCACGAGAGCGGCAUUUCCAGAAGAUACUAUUGUUUAGGGCUGGCGGUGGUGCACUUGAUCUUGGUGGGAAUCAGCACAUGCUUUCUCUUGCCCUCCAACAAAUUAAGGCUGAGAAGCACUGACCACGCUGUUGCUAGGAAGGAGAAACCAAGUGUAGCAACGUAUGACAAAGUGCCCGGUCCUGAUGGGAAUUGCAUUUCAGAAAAAGAAAAGUUUCUGAAUGUCGGGCUGGAUCAAGAUAACGACGCGGACGGGCGGAAGGUCCGUGCGCUCAGAUCCCUGUGUUCUAUUGAGUACCUAUUGCACGUGUUCUGGAUGUGUUGCCAAGGGUUACGAUUUGUAACAUUUCUGGGUUUCUUCAGCGCUUGGACUGGCACAAAAUUCAGAGGGAAUUCCAUAAAAGAAAGUUACUACCUUGGUGUAUUUUCCUACGUUACCAUGGGGACAGCUAUAACCGCCGUAACUGCGGGAAUGCUUCAUGACUGUCAAAGACGACAAUACAUGAGCAGACCCGACUUCCAGAGAAGACGUCUGCCGAUCGUCCUUCCACUUGCAGUUACAUCUCUCUUGUCAAUUAUCAUCACGUCUCUGAUCUUCGUGCAACAGGAGAUAUUCAUCAACAUUGUCUUCGUGGUGUUCACCAUCUACAGAUCUUUCCUCUUCUCCUUUGAAAUCACCUUCUUAAAUGACGUAUAUCCGUUGCAAACAUUCCCCGUGUUAUUCGGAGUUCUGCAUUCCUCGGCCGGGUUGGCUGGUUUACUUCAGUACCCUUUAUUUGAGUGGUACAAGUCGAGCCAACUUGCUCCGGAUCAAGUGAAUUACUUUUUGAUCGGACUGGCGGUCGCUUCGUUUAUUCAUCCUCUGUACAUUUGGAUCUCAUGCAGGAGACAUGGCGACCAGGGCGGCAAAAGUGACGCAAUUGAGUUGUUCAUAUAAAUUGACAGUUGUACUGGUUUCCAACAACUAUUUUCUUGUUAAAUCAGGACGAUUUUGAAGUUGUUACUAGCUUUCCUCUACCAAGAGGGACACUAUGCCAACAUCAGUAUCUUGCCGAAAAGAACGCAACAGAACGCCAACAUCAGUAUCGGACAAUAGGCUAACGUCAGUACCGGACAAUACCCCAACAUUAGUAUCGGACAAUACGCCAACAUUAGUAUCGGACAAUACGCCAACAUCAGUACCGGACGAUACGCCAACAUCAGUACCGGACAAUACGCCAACAUUAGUAUCGGACAAUACGCCAACAUCAGUACCGGACGAUACGCCAACAUCAGUACCGGACAAUACGCCAACAUCAGUACUGGACAAUACGCCAACACCAGUACUGGACAAUACGCCAACAUCAGUACCGGACAAUACGCCAACAUCAGUACCGGACGAAACGCCAACAUCAGUACCGGACAAUACGUCAACAUAAGUAUCGGACAAUACGCCAACAUCAGUACCGGACAAUACGUCAAAAUCAGUAUCGGACAAUACGCCAACACCAGUACUGGACAAUACGCCAACAUCAGUACCGGACAAUACGUCAACAUCAGUAUCGGACAAUACGCCAACACCAGUACUGUACAAUACGCCAACAUCAGUACCGAACAAUACGUCAACAUCAGUAUCGGACAAUACGUCAACACCAGUACCGGACAAUACGCCAACACCAGUACUGGACAAUACGCCAACAUCAGUAUCGGACAAUACGUCAACAUCAGUACCGGACAAUACGUCAACACCAGUACUGGACAAUACGUCAACACCAGUACUGGACAAUAUGCCACGGACAAUACGUCAACACCAGUACUGGACAAUGCGUCAACACCAUUACUGGACAAAACGCCAACACCAGUACUGGACAAUACGUCAACAUCAGUAUCGGACAAUACGUCAACACCAGUACUGGAGAAUACGUUAACAUCAGUAUCGGACAAUAAGUAAACACCAGUACUGGACAAUAAGUAAACACCAGUACUGGACAAUAAGUAAACACCAGUACUGGACAAUACGUCAACACCAGUACUGGACAAUACGUCAACACCAGUACUGGACAAUACGCCACGGACAAUACGUCAACACCAGUACUGGACAAUACGCCACGGACAAUACGCCAACACCAGUACUGGACAAUACGUCAACAUCAGUAUCGGACAAUACGCCAACAUCAGUAUCGGACAAUACGCCAACAUCAGUACCGGACAAUACGCCAACAUCAGUACCAAACGAUACGCCAACAUCAGUACCGGACGAUACGCCAACACCAGUACCGGACGAUACGCUAACAUCAGUAUCGGACAAAAGGCUAACGUCAGUAUCGGACAAAAGGCUUACAUCAGUACCGGACAAUACACCAGCAUCAAUACCGAUCGAUACGCCAACACCUGUACCGGAAGAUACGCCAACAUCAGUACCGGACAAUACGCCAACAUUUGUAUCGGACAAUACGCCAAUAUUAGUACCGGACGAUACGCCAACAUCAGUACCGGACGAUACGCCAACACCAGUACCGGACGAUACGCAAACAUCAGUAUCGGACAAUGGGCUAACGUCAGUACCGAACAAUACGCCAACAUCAGUACCGAUCGAUAUGCCAACAUCAGUACCGAUCGAUACGCCAACAUCAGUAGCGGACGAUACGCUAACAUCAGUAUCGGACAAUGGGCUAACGUCAGUACCGGACAAUACGCCAACAUCAGUACCGAUCGAUACGCCAACAUCAGUACCGAUCGAUACGCCAACAUCAGUACCGGACGAUACGCCAACAUCAGAAUCGGACAAUACGCCAACAUUAGUACCGGACGAUACGCCAACAUCAGUACCGGACGAUACGCCAACAUCAGUACCGGACGAUACGCUAACAUCAGUAUCGGACAAUAGGCUAACGUUAGUACCGGAAAAUACGCCAACAUCAGUACCGGACGAUAUGUCAACAUCAGUACCGGACGAUACGCCAACAUCAGUACCGGACGAUACGCCAACAUCAGUACCGGACGAUACGCUAACGUUAGUACCGGAAGAUACGCCAACAUCAGUACCGGACGAUAUGUCAACAUCAGUACCGGACGAUACGCCAACAUCCGUACCGGACGAUACGCUAACAUCAGUACCGGACGAUACGCCAACAUCAGUACCGGACGAUACGCCAACAUCAGUAUCGGACGAUACGCCGACAUCAGUACCGGACGAUACGCUAACGUCAGUACCGGACAAUAGGCUGACAUCAGUACCGGACGAUACGUCAACAUCAGUACCGGACGAUACGCCAACAUCAGUACCGGACAAUACGCCAACAUCAGUACCGGACGAUACGCCAACAUCAGUACCGGACGAUACGCUAACAUCAGUACCGGGCGAUAUUUCAACAUCAGUACCAGACGAUACGCCAACAUCAGUACCGGACAAUAGGCUAACGUCAGUACCGGACAAUAGGCUAACAUCAGUACCGGACAAUAGGCUAAAGUCAGUACCGGACAAUACGCCAUCGUCAGUACCGAACAAUAGGCUAACGUCAGAAUCGGACAAUAGGCUAAUGUCAGUACCGGACAAUAGGCUAACGUCAGAACCGGACAAUAGGCUAACUUCAGUACCGGACAAUAGGCUAACGUCAGAACCAGACAAUACGCCAUCGUCAGUACCGAACAAUAGGCUAUCGUCAGAAUCGAACAAUAGGCUAAUGUCAGUACCGGACAAUAGGCUAACGUCAGAACCGGACAAACGGCCAACAUUAACAACGAACAAUAGGCAACAAUACGCCAACAUCAGUACCGGACAAUACGCAAACACCAGUAUCGAUACAACCACACGGUUAGACUGACGGUCAUACGUGUCCUUGUGUUUUUGGGGUAUUGUGUGGGGUCAUUUAAAAAAGCUAUUCACCGAUGGAAUUCCCUGGUGUUUAUGUGUCCGUUCCUCUGAACCCAAUUCCAUUACUUUGAUUGUAUUAAUGAGAGAACAUCUUUCAAGAGGAGGUGUUUGUGAUGUAAUGAUCUUAUUUAAUUUAAUACAUUGAUCAUGGUGUAAUAAUG